CCGCCUUCCCCCCCGGAGCCCGGAUGAAGAGUAACGCCAUUACCGCCGGAGCUGCCGAGAGCAUUCGUGGACGGGGACUGGGUAUCGGACGGGUCGCGCCAUGAGACUCCUCCCCCGCCUGCUUCUGCUUCUCUUGCUCGUAUUCCCCGCCACUCUCUUGCUCCGAGGCAGCCCAGGAGGCGCAGUAGCAGUGGCUCAAGAUCUUACAGAAGAUGAAGAAACAGUGGAAGAUUCAAUAAUUGAAGAUGAAGAUGAUGAAGCAGAGGUGGAAGAAGAUGAACCCACAGAUUUGGCAGAAGAUAAAGAGGAAGAAGAUGUAUCUGGUGAACCUGAAGCUUCACCAAGUGCAGACACGACUAUUCUGUUUGUGAAGGGAGAAGAUUUUCCAGCAAAUAACAUUGUGAAGUUCCUAGUAGGCUUUACGAACAAGGGUACAGAAGAUUUUAUUGUUGAAUCCCUAGAUGCCUCAUUCCGUUAUCCUCAGGACUACCAGUUUUACAUCCAGAAUUUCACUGCUCUUCCUCUGAACACUGUAGUGCCACCCCAGAGACAGGCAACUUUUGAGUACUCCUUCAUUCCUGCAGAGCCCAUGGGUGGACGACCCUUUGGUCUAGUCAUCAAUCUGAACUACAAAGAUUUGAACGGUAAUGUAUUCCAAGAUGCUGUCUUCAAUCAAACAGUUACAAUUAUUGAAAGAGAGGAUGGGUUAGAUGGAGAAACAAUCUUUAUGUAUAUGUUCCUUGCCGGUCUUGGGCUGUUGGUGGUUGUUGGCCUUCAUCAACUCCUAGAAUCUAGAAAGCGCAAGAGACCCAUACAGAAAGUAGAGAUGGGUACAUCAAGUCAGAAUGAUGUUGACAUGAGUUGGAUUCCUCAAGAAACUUUGAAUCAGAUCAAUAAAGCUUCACCAAGAAGGUUGCCCAGGAAACGGGCACAGAAGAGAUCCGUGGGAUCUGAUGAGUAAAUGUUCCUUUGUGCAACAAUUCAGUCUUUAUUUAACCUGCCCUAAUGUUUUUCGGCCUGAUGGGAAUUAGUGCAGAGAAGCCAUAUCACCAUAGAAGGCAACUACUACUUAUGUGUGGACUGAGCAAUCAGAGUCUGUGGCGAUAAUAUUGCUGAAAAUGCACUGCAUUCAUUUUUCUAAAGUAACAAAUUUGGUUUUUUUUUUUAAAACCAUUAAAAUCUAUGUGUGUGCGUGUGUAUGUAUGUGAGCAGUUGGGCUUACCAGAAUCAUUGUCGAACUAACUGAAGGAUGCCUUUAGAAUACUACCUAUAAUGCUACUGUCUCUUCCUUUUUGAUAUUUUCUCCCCAAAAUCAAUAUUUGCCCAAUAUGAUUAUAGAUGUUCUGCCUUAGACUGAUUUAAGAAAACAAUUUGCUUUUUCCUUAGAAUAGCUCAAAUCCCAAUUGAUGGCACAAAUUAGCAUUUUGUUAUUGUUGCUGGUUUACAACUAGUAUUCUAAAGGCACAAGCAGGAGUAGUUGCUUUUUAGCAAUACAAUUGUUUUGGUAUUUUGCUGUUUACUAUAAUAUGCACCUUCAGAAAACUUCCCUAAUGAGUUCAAGGAAUUUGGGAUCACUAGCAACAAAAUUGUGAAACAUGAAAGUUCUGCUGAUUUUGGUAUAUAAAAUCAACCCCAUUCUCUUUUUUAUCUAAAAGAAAAUGGUAUGUUUGUGGAAACUGAGUUGUUGUGUUGUCCAUUGUUAUUUUGUUUCUGACCCAAGGGAUAGCUUCGGGAUGAUUUUAGACCUUAGUUUUUUUUUUUUUUAAGAUCAUUUUUCUCUCCUUAAUAGAAGCAUUUUGCUUAAGAAAAGUUGCCUUGGUCUACAGACUAAGCCAGAGGUCAAUUUAUAGGGGCAGAGAUAUAGUCCAACUAAUUCUAAUUUGUUUAAAAAAAGUUAGUUGGGUAUUUUUUAAAUGGCUAACCAAUUGCUUUUAUCUAAUCUUUUAGGGAUUUUCGUUGUUGAUAUAAAUGUUUUUUAGUUAACCUGAAGAAUUCUAAAACUGAGCACUUAAGAUCUAAGAACCAAAAUGAAAUUGGACUUCAUAAAAUCCUCUUACAGAGUUAUGCUUACAGAGUUACUAAAUUAAGUUUGGCAUUAUUGUCAGACUAGAUAAAGGGUAAAAUAUAAUAGUAUGAACAAAUAAGAGGCUUUUCUCUCUGUCUUUAAGCCAUAUUCUCACGUAUAUUUUGUAAGAAAAUGGUAAAAAUGAAAUUUUAGUGGCUGUUUAAUUCCUGAUUGUCUUCAUUAUAAUGAACCGACCCAUCUCCAUUAUAAUUCCCACCUACGCCCAUGCCCACACAAAGACAAUGAAACAAAACAAAACAAAAAAUCUUUCCAAGUUGUUAAGUGUUUAAACAUCUGAGCCAAAGCCAAUGAUAAUAAAAUCGAAGUUAUUGUAUAGUUAUUAAUCACAUUGCAAGUAGGGGCAAAGGGCGUCCGAUUAUCUGUGUUGGCGUUGCUGAACUAUAAACUUUCUAUACCUGUAAUAUACAGUGUUUGAGUUUUUCAUUGGGCUGUAUGAUCUGUAGUUUAUUUUGAAAAGGCUCUAUGAGCUCUAAGAAACUGCAUGGUUUUUUAUUUAAUGUAACAUAGGAGACCCUCCACCUUCUCAAGGAAUAUAUUCAGAACAUUUUUUGUGAAUGUCCCAAGUUUGUGAAACUACUAGAACAUAAUUCAGUGAGGUGUAAUUACAAAAUUUAAAUGACCUCUGGAGAUUUCUGUUGAAUACCUGGUGAUACUGAGGCAAUGGCAAAGCCACACUGAGUUACAGGUGCCAGCCCUUCUGACUCCUCAGUAGUUAGCCUCACAUGCUAGCCCUUCUACUCCUGAGGUUCACAUCAGUGCCUCUGAAAUUCUCAUGUUUUAUUUUUUUAUCAUAGAUUGGGAACACUUGAAAACUCAGAUGCCAUGGGGUUUUGUCCAGUAUGUGUUUAGCAGAAACUAACUCCAUAAUAAAUGGAAUUCAAUUCCACACAUGGUUUGUUCAAGCACACUUGAUAAGUAGCCUAUUUUUUAAAUGUAAAUAUUUGGAUGACGUUUUUGUUUGUUUUGAUAUAUCCAUUUGCUACGUCAACUAUGGUUUCAGAAAUUACCUUUUGAACAACUUGAUUUGAGAAUCUGUAAAAUGAACUAAGAAUCUUGUGUAUCGAUUCAGAUGUGUGAGAAUAAUGUGUUCAUAAAGCAUGGAUCUUGCUUUG